AUGCUCCUCUAUGCAGCUGUUGUAAUUCUGGUUGCAAUCCUGGCCUGCUAUCUGAACAUGGAAGUGAUCAGCGAGCAGUCAUUCACUGUCUACUGUAGUCCCAGCAAGUCUAAAAUCUUCGAAUUCCUAAAGACCCCCAGCAACCUAGAGAGGAUACAUCCCAGAAUACAGGAGGUGUUUGACAUUCACAAGCACAACCGCACAACCAGUUUUCUGAUUCUUGAAGACUUCGGGGCGCUGCUGGGACGAAAGACGAUCCCUACAAAUUUAACCACCUCUUGUUUGUCACAGCUGACGUCAUGCAUAAACCUAGACUUCAGCAGCAGCAUGGCAGACGUGACCGUGUCCCUGGCAAUCAGUGAUUACGACACACUGAGACCAACAUCGGCAACCAACGCACUUCUGCCCCAUGAUGUCCCAUCAGCCACCAUUCAUACACGUAUACAAGUCAAAUCCAUGAGAAUAAUAAACUACCUCAUUAGCAAAGUUGUGCUCAGUCUGUGGGAGAAAACAAUAAGCUCUGCCAUAGAUGUACUGGAAGAGUCCACAAACUUAAACCACCAGGAAUCUACCAACUUGCAUUAG